AUGCCUGGGGUCGCAGCGGACUCUGCCACUUCCGAUAUCGGUGGCGCGUUAGUCCCAUUCGUUCCAGACACGGAAAUCGCCGUGGUUUACCCUCUUCACCACGGCCUAAAACCUCCAAUCUCUCGCGUCUCAAUCUCCUGGGCCCGAGGAAACAAUCUACGCGUCUCAUUACUCCGUAAACCGCCUUCCGAUUCUGACUCCGACGGAGAAAUUGGAGGAAAAGUUGUGGAGGUGAAUCUCGGCAGCGGAGCCACCGAUGUCAGCGACCCUGCACAGUGGCGGCGCAUUGCCUACGGCUCCGUUACGCCUUUUGCGCUCCUUCAAAGUCGCAAGAAUGCAGCUUCGAGCUUGUCUAAAUUUCAAUCAAGUUCUUCUCCGUGGGAGUAUGUAAUGGAGUAUAGCAAGGACAUAAAUGCCCUACUUGGGAAUCCAAAGUCAAAUGAUAGUCCUUUAAUUGAAGACCCUAAAGAAGUUUUAAAGAAAGGUGACGAACCAACUAGUUUAAAGGCAGCAUGGGAGUUGAUGGAGAUGUUUUAUGCAGACAAAUUAUGUCAGAGUUGGUUACCGGAACGCCUUGUCGAUUGGUUGGCUGAUUAUGAUAGUCUGUUAUCUGGUGAUCAGUUGACUGUUCAUUUGAAACUUGUGGAGUUUCAAGGGAAACUAGUUACCUUACAGGUCAUUGAAGAUGAUCCUGAAUAUUGGGAGGUGAUAUCGUCUGCACUAGCUGUUGGUUGGCUAGAGAUUGUGGCGAAGCUUUUGCGCUUGCAUGGAUCUUAUCAACUGGAUCAGCUUGGCCAUAGAGAGACAGAGAAUGGGCUAGUUGAGGCUGUAGCUGUUCUUAUUUCAAAGAUGCCACGCAUGCGUCCAGAAUUAGAAAAGGGAAAAUUAGGUGAAUGCUUUAAAGCCAAACCUGAUUUUAUGAAGGCAUGGGAGAAAUGGCGAGGACAAAUAACCAAAUUGGAUUCCAGUGCAUAUUGGUUUCAGUGUGAUCACCGUCAAACCAGGGAGGGAUUGAAAAAUCUGCUCCAUAUCAUGCUGGGAAAUAUCAACGUUCUCUGCACUGCAACAUCCCACUGGAUAGAGCUGUAUAUAUCUCACUUCCUAUUCAUAACGCCAUUCACUGUUGGGUUUGAAAGCAUGUACAACCUAGCUCAGAAAUGCAUUCAGAUGAAACCAAUGUCCACUCCACAUAAGCUGCUGCAUCUCAUAAUUGGAAUUAUUGGGGAAAAUACUGAGGUUGUAUUGGCAGAAUGCUCAAGAGGGUUUGGUCCUUGGAUGGUGGCUCAUGCCAUAGAGUUAUUGGCUGCUGGGAAUGACCAAGCAGAUAUUCUUUUACAUGAGGAGCAUGAUAACAUAGGGGGAUCACUUCUUGAAUAUGAAGAGGUGUUUGGUGUUAUCUAUCUUUCUAUUGCUCGGUAUGUUUUUUAUGCUCUCUAUCUUUCUAUUGCUGGGUAUGUUUUUUAUGCUCUGAUUGCUCCAGUUUACUUGAUAUCGUGUAUGAGGCAAGGAAUGAGUUUGCUGGAGAUUUUACUGUACAGGCAGCCUGCCCAGCACAAUCAAUUGUUGCUUAAGAAUUUAGAAAUUUGCCGUCUGUAUGAACUUGACAAUGUCAGCUCAAACAUUAUGAAGAUUGCUGGAGUGUACCACUGGAAGCAUGGUAGGAAAGGUUCAGGAGUUUUCUGGCUUCAGCAAGCUCAGGAUGAAUUUCGUCUUAACAAGAUUGCCCGGCAGUUGUUUGAUUCUGUUGGAAAGUCGAUCUCUGGUGAAAGCUUCAAGCAAUGGGAAGGUUUAAUUGAAUUGCUGGGUUCAGAAUCAAAGCCUGCUGGGAGUCUUGAGUUUCUGCACAAGUAUAGGGAUUUCAAGAAAUCGCUACAGCAGGUUUGGGAUGGAAAAACUCCAGAUGCUGCUCAGCAUGCUGUAGAAUAUCUUAUGUCGCUUAUGAAAAACCCUUCUACACCUCAACGUUUCUGGCUGCCUCUUCUUUAUGAUUCUUUGACACUGCUUAGCUGGCAAGGGCGACCUUUGUUAAAUGUCUCUCAAACAAACCUUUUGUUGAAUAAACUGCAAGAAUUGUCCAUGGCAAGUGUUCGUCCAGGCUUUGUUGCCAGUGACUUGCCAGCUGAGGCAUUAAACUCUGUUAGGCUUGCUCUUGCCACAAAUCUUGGGCGGGCCAUAUUAGAGGAACAAUGA